AUGGCUGAAGAGAAUUUUACUGUUGUUACUGAGUUCAUCCUCUUGGGAUUGACAGAUCGGGAUGAACUGAAAGUUUGGCUGUUUGUGUUGUUCCUGGUAGUUUAUACAGUCACUUUGGUGGGAAAUCUGGGCAUGAUCUUCAUAAUCCGAAUCACUCCCAAACUCCACACUCCCAUGUACUUUUUUCUGAGUUGCCUCUCCUUGGUAGAUGCCUGCUACUCAUCCACAAUUGCACCCAAGAUGCUGAUUAACCUCAUGGUUGUAAAGGGAACCAUUUCUUUCACUGCUUGUAUCAUACAGCAUUUGUGUUUUGGAAUGUUUGUUACAACAGAAGGCUUCCUGCUGUCGGUGAUGGCCUAUGACCGUUAUGUAGCUAUUGCGAAUCCUUUGCUUUAUACGGUAGCCAUGUCUAAGAAGACCUGUGUAGGACUGAUGAUUGGAUCGUGGGUAGGUGGGACAAUGAAUUCAUUAGUUCACACAAUAAGCUUGAGUCGCUUGUCCUUCUGUAGGCUGAAUGUUGUCAGUCACUUUUUCUGUGAUAUUCCCUCACUCCUGAAACUGUCAUGUUCAGAUACUUCCAUGAAUGAGAUGUUACUCUUAACAUUCUCCGGAGUUAUUGCCAUGGCGACCUUCUUGGUUGUGAUCAUUUCUUACGUGUUUAUUGUUUUUGCUAUCCUGAGGAUCCGCUCGGCAUCAGGCAGGAAGAAAGCCUUCUCCACCUGCGCCUCUCACCUGACUGCGGUGUCCAUAUUUUACGGCACCUUAAGCUUCAGUUACAUUCAACCGAGCUCCCAGUAUUCAGUAGAACAGGAGAAGGUGGUUGCUGUGUUCUAUACACUCGUGAUUCCCAUGCUAAACCCAUUGAUUUACAGUCUGAGAAACAAAGAGGUAAAGGAUGCUGUGAAGAGGGCGAUAGAAAUGAGACAUUUCCCCUGUAAACUUUAA